AUGUUCGAAUCUACUCUCACUUUCCUCAAUAACAAAACUGGGGAAGAUGUCAAUAUGAAGGUCAAGUUACAGGGUUACGGGUCAAGUGGCACUUCACUCAUCGAGGACAAAGAGCUGACAUUUCCCAUUGCCGACUCCAAGGGUUACCCGGUGUCACUUGCCAACAAAGCAGGGGUUUACGGCUUCGGUGUAGUCAUAUUGAAGGCCGAGGAGAAGGACAACAGUGCUGUGACACCCGCCUUCAAUAACCUCCUGGUUAAGAUUCGACACACCGACUAUGACGUACAGACACGCAAUUCCGUCAGUUUUAUCGUCCAGUACAAAGUUGCUGGUAACCGUAACUUGGCAAAAACAUUCGGCCUAUUCCAAGUUGGUCGCAAGGUCCUCAUUUCUGGCUACAUCGCUGGGUAUAAUAUUGAACAGCACAUGCUUCAGGCGUUGUCUGUAUCUUUGUCUUCUGGCUCCAUCUUGGGAGACCCAGGCGCCCCGACCGCCAAAAGUCGCCAACCCAUUCAGUAA